AUGUCUCUUACAGAUGGAGCGACAACACUGCAGAGCCUUCCUGCACGUGACAACGUAACUCCAGUGAAUGCGACAUCUUCGACAAAAACGGCCGAGUCCCGGAUACUGGGUGGUAGCAACGCACCCGAGGGCGCUUUCCCCUACCAGGCUGGACUGUGGAUGAGCGGCGAAACUCGACCGUUCUGCGGCGCCACCAUCGCUGACGCUAACAAUCUCGUCACGGCAGCCCACUGUGUCUUCUACACCAACGGAGAUAUGAUACCCGCCAAAUUGCUGAGCGUGUCAGUGGGCAGCGUGAACAUCAGGUCGGCCACCAAAGUGCCUGUGUCCGCAGUCUUUGUCCACUCCAAAUACAACAGCGAUACAAGCCAGAACGAUAUCGCUGUUCUCAGGAAUGGGCCCACUCCAGAGCAGCUGAAGUACGUGACGGUGAACGUGACGAACAGAGGGAUUUGUCGCACGAGCAUCGUACGGGAAGGAAUGCUGUGUGCUGGAGGGGAGAGGAACAAAGACUCCUGCCAGGGAGACAGUGGUGGACCACUCGUGUGUAAUGGUACACUUGCCGGAGUCGUCAGCUUUGGAGUCAGCUGCGGUUGGCCAGGCUUCCCUGGCGUGUACACCGACGUGUCCAAGUACGUCGACUUCCUCAACUAUUCGCUGACCAGAGCCGGCGCCGCGUCAGUGACGUCACCAGGCUACCAGACGCUGACCGUCAUUGGCUCCAUCGUAGCCACGUGGGCAGCGUGGGGAGCGGCCAGCCGGGUCUAA